CGAACAUCGUAGCAGAUUUCCACCCACCAACGGUUAGCGAAGAGCGCAUAUCGGAGCGAGCCAAUAAAUCGAGGACACAAUGGACAAUACACGGCAUAUUUCAUCUACAUUUCUAAAAUCCACACUCAUCAUCCUUUCAUUACCACUCCUUCUUCAUGCGCAAAUAAUCCAAAUCCACGAUAUCACCAACAACGCAGGAGCGUUGAUUCUUCAAAGGGGGGAGGGAAGAGUUAUUACUGGAUAUAAUAGAUUACUACAUACUAUCGAUUUCACACAGUUUGAAAUAUCUUUGUCAUUCAUUGAAAAUGUUAUAAGCCAAUUCCAAAACAGUACAAGUGACUUUUCAGAAAUUAUCAAAAUCAAGAUUAGGGAAAUAAAAUUUCUUCUGAAUACACUUCAUAUGAAACCUAGUAGAAACAAACGUUCCAUUAAUAUGUUAGGAAGCGCGAUUAAAUUUGUUACCGGAAAUUUAGAUUCCGAAGAUUUGCAUAUAAUUAACUCAAAACUUGACGAUUUAAGGAAAACAGGAAAUAGUCUCAUCAAGCAAAAUAACAGACAAAUUAGUAUAAAUUCCAAGUUCGAAAACAGAAUCAAUUUGAUGCACCAUGAAAUUAAAAAUCAACAAAAUGUACUUCGUAAAAUUCUAGGUCGAGACGAUUACAUUGUAACAGAAAAUCAGAAAAUUUUAACUAUUUUCCAGUUAGAUACUUUCUCUGAAACAUUAAAAUCAAUUGAAUAUUCAUUGAUGCUUGCUAAAACAAAUAUUGUGAGUAACUUAAUUCUUUCACCUAAUGAAAUGGAAACUAUAGCACAGGAGAUCAGAAAACAAGGAUUAAAAGUGCAUGACCUAGACGAGACCAGCAAUUACCUGACGACAACUGUUCUUUACAAAGGUUCUACCCUCAUCAUCAGUGUCAACAUUCCGCAGCUACUACAAACGAAAUUCAACAGAGUUAUUAUCGAACCAUUACCUCUUGGCAACCGAACAAUCAAACUAAAGUAUAAAACAGCUUUUGUCAACCGAGACGAAAUCAUGGCCAUCACAUCGCAAUGCAGGGAAAGCACCACAAUGACGAUAUGCGAAAGGAGACAACUGGUAAACAUCAGCGAUGAUCCUUGUGAAGCUCCACUCAUCCGAGAGACACACGGUAAAUGCAAUUUCAUGGAAAGAUCCCCAUCAACAGAAAUCAGGACUGUAUCCUCAGGCAUGCUGCUGUUAACAACCGUUCACCAAGACGUACCUUUCAACAGCACCUGUGGAAUAAGUUCCAGAAAUUUAACCGGGAUACAUCUGAUAACAUUUCAAAAUUGUUCAUUAUACAUUAAUAACGAACUCUAUGAAAACUACGAGUUUAGUUUUCACCAACCCAUAGUUUUACCUUUACAAUUGCUGAAAAUCAAACCACAGCACAUCGAAAGACACGUAAACAUUUCUGAGCUACAAGAGCUCCAUAUUCAGAACAAACAGCACAUGGAAACAGUGGAAUGGAAACACAAUCUAGGACUUGCAUCGCUCAGCAUAGCAGUUACAUUCAUAGUCGCAUUUCUGGUCAUUGGCACAAUCAAAAUUCAACAGUUCAUCAAAAUAAUGCAUUGCUCGGGACGAGCAAUACUUAAGGGAAGCAGUUAA